GACCCGACGCCCGCGGGGCCCGGUUCUCCCGUGGCGAGCUAGGAGGCCAUGGCGGCAGGCGGCGAGAGGCAAGCAGGUCGCCUGGCUUAGGGCGCAGGCGGCGGCGGGGCUGAGGCGAGCCCCCCGCCCCGGGGCGCCGCAUGGCGCGGGCCUGAUGCCGGAGCGCGGCCCGGUGCCGCGGCGGCGCUGCGGGUGGAGGAGGAUGGCGGGGCUGGCGUGGAAGUGGCCGCGCACCCGCUUGCCCGUGGGGGCCAGCGCCUUGGGCAUCUUCGUCCUUUGCUGGCUCUACAUCUUCCCCGUCUACCGGCUGCCCGACGAGAAGGAGAUUGUCCAAGGGGUGCUGCUGCAGCAGGGCAAGGCGUGGAGGAGGAACCAGACUGCGGUCGCCCUGUUCAGGAAACUGCUGGAAGAAUGCUGUGACCCUGGGCAGCUGUUUGCUAUGACAAAGCUGAACUCCCCGAUGGGAAAGAACCUCUGGUUUGAUGGGGAAUUUUUAUAUUCUGUCACUAUUGACAAUGCAACUUACUCACUCUUCCCACAGGCUACUCCCUUCCAGCUGCCACUGAAGAAAUGCUCCGUAGUGGGAAACGGUGGGAUCCUGAAAGCGAGCGGCUGCGGCAAACAAAUAGAUCAAGCAGAUUUUGUCAUGCGGUGCAACCUUCCUCCUCUCUCCAGGGAAUACAGCAAGGAUGUUGGAUUGAAAACCCAGCUGGUGACUGCAAAUCCCAGUAUAAUUCAGAAAAGGUUCCAGAAUCUGCUGUGGUCCCGGAAAGCGUUUGUGGAGAGCGUGAAGGUGUAUAACCACAGCUACAUCUACAUGCCAGCCUUCUCGAUGAAGACGGGGACGGGACCCUCCCUACGUGUCUAUUACACCCUGAAGGACUUCGGUGCCAAGCAGGCUGUCCUUUUUGCCAACCCCAAUUUCCUACGUGACAUUGGCAAGUUCUGGAAGAGCAAAGGUAUCCAUGCCAAGCGGCUUUCCACGGGACUUUUCCUGGUCAGUGCCGCCCUGGGUCUGUGUGAAGAAGUAACUAUUUACGGCUUCUGGCCGUUCUCUGUGGACCUGCAUGGAAAGUUUAUUAGCCAUCAUUACUAUGACAAUGUCUUGCCUGAUUCUGGAUUCCAUGCUAUGCCAGAGGAAUUCCUACAGCUCUGGUUUCUUCACAAAAGUGGUGUACUGAGAAUGCAGCUAGAACCAUGUGAGGACCCUUUAAUCCGGUCUUCUGCCUGAGGACUGUAGGAGGCAGCUUGGGAGAUCCAACCGUUUUUAAUGUCCAGACUCUCCGACAGAGAGUUCUGUUUACUGUUGAUUCUUUUUAAAGGGAAAAUAAUUGUGGAUCUGCAUGGACCAUAAAAAUGCUACCUGAAGGCCAAAUGGAAUACGUCCUUAAUGUAUAGUGCUUUGUGGAACUGGGGUGGGGGAAGUGAAUCUCUCCAUUGAGUCCUUUCGGCAGCAUGGUGAACAUAACGUUGGAAGCAGCACAGCUGAACUUUCCAGGGGACGUUUCUACAUGACCAAUGUACAAGGGGCAUUAAGGCUCGGAGGGACACAGGGCCACCCACAAGCUUUUGCUGACAGUGCCAAAUAUGACUGUCUGUUCCAAAAUCCAUUUCAUUCCAGACUGGCACCUUGUACUUUUCCUUUUUCUUCCCUCUGGUUGGGGGGUGUGUGUAUGUGUGGAGAGCUUUUGUGUGUUGUUGACUUUCUUUGUUUCUUUCCUUUUUAUUUUUUUUUCUCCACUUUUUGGGUUGUUUGUGGUUUUUUCUUUCUCUAAUGGAAGGAAAGGUGUAAAAGGCCCAGGAGCUGAGUACCAUCAGCUCCUCUGAAGACUCUUGGGAGAGUGAAGGGUGCUAAGAAUCUCGUUAGAAGAAUGUCCUAGGAAUGCCAUGCUGCUGAGCAUGAAUGGACUUGUUGUAAGUUUUAUCAAGCUAGGUUAGAUAUUUACACUUAUAGCUGUAUUAAUGCUGUACUCUGGGUUAGAGCUGGUUAAGGGAAAUUAAAGGGAAAAUGAAGUAUGCAUGAGAAAAAUCAACAGCAAAGAGCAGCCUGGAUUCGGUUGACCUGCUGUAAGAUUUCCAGAGCAACUUUUGUAGCAGAGAGGGUUCUUGAUGUGUUUAGCAGUCCAGCCUUAGGGAUUAAUUCUGUAUUCAUUUGGACUCCAGAUGUUCAUUGACUGUCCAGGGGAUUUGAGGUGUUCAUUGGAAUGCAGAAUGAAGUUCUUCAUUUGCUUGUAGCAGAAAAAGUGCAGAAAUGAAUGUAAGCAUCGCUCAAAAUGAGUUGAAGCGUUGAAGAUCCUUUGCGUGCUGAGCUCUUCUGCUUGGAUUGUAACGUUAGCCUUAAAGACUUGUGCUUUUCUUGCAAGAUUGUCUGGUUAGAGAUAGUCUGGCAAAUAAAACAGCCUUUGGGAGCACUGAAGAGCUGCAUAGCCAGCAAGAAAAAAGAAAAGGCGAAGACAGCAGGGCCCCUUACAUAAGGCAGCCUGGCAGUGGGUGAAUUGUCAGCGUGCGCAUUGCACGCGUGCGGUGCUGGCCGGUGCAUGCAGCGCCUGGAGGGCUGCUUUAUUUUGGGUUAUUGCCUGGGGAGCAGAUGGUCCUAUCACCAUGUAAAUGAGAAAUCUUGGUUUGUUUGCUUUAGUUUAGCACUGUAGGACAAGAAGAGAAAAUACCAGCCCAGUCCACAGUGCAAUUUCAGCUGCAAGAUGUUUAUCCGAGUUAACUUUCAGAAAUCCUGAUCAGUGUUCUUUCUCUUCCUUAACCUUCUGUCAUGAGUAGCUGAAAUUCUAGUCAGAGUGCUGAAGCAAGAAAACUGUUGUCAGGUUUCCACAACAAUUUCCUGUGCUACCCAUUUUAGCUCCAAAGCCUUAGUGUUUCAGGGGCAUGUGUCCUAUCCUAAUGUUGACAACGUCUCUGUUUGUAGAUUACCAGCUACAAGUUAUAUAGAUACAAUUAAACAAACAGAAAAGAAAAGGCAAAAUCCGUGGCUCUUCUUGAAAUAAUUCAACUAUCUGUGUAGGAUACUGGUUAAAAAACACCAACCACUGUGUUUUGCUUUUGAAACAUAUGCUUUAUAAUAAAAUCUUCUUUCUAAAUAUGGAUAAUGCAGGCAUAAAGUGGGUACUGUUCCAGGAGGUUGUGGAGAUUUGGGUUAAACAGCCUUGUGGAGAUCGUGCCGAUAAAAUCCGAAUGUGCUUCUGUAACCCAGGUGAUCUCGUCCAUGUUUGGUGUUAAAAGUGCAGCCAACGUCGCUUUAUAAUCCAUUCCCUUUCCUUAGGUCUAUCUGUGCUGUGAGUACUGAGUGAGAGAGGAUUUGAAAGUUAAAUAUUUUCUAUGCUGCUGCUUCUUAUGGUGAAAUUUCCCUGAGCUGCCUUUCUUGGAGGAGAAGCAGUGCCUGUGUGGUUUUAAUUGUACACAUUGAGUUUUCCACUUUUUAGUGGUUUGGAGUUUGCUUUAUCUGAGAGAACAACAGUCAAAAUAUGGUGAUGGCAUUUCAGAGGGAUUUCCUUGGGCAUGGGGAACAAGCAGAGUAGGAGGGAACUGCCUCAGACUAAGUAAUUUUUUUGGUGUGUUUUUACCAAUACUUAGCAAUUUUCCCAUGUCUUGGGAAAAUAAUCAGAUUGAAAGAACAAGGUAAAAACAUACAGGAAAACUCUGUGCAGUGUUCCAUAAUGUCUGACUUACUCAUGUUCAGCAGUGCCCUGGGUGUCUGGAGGUGCUGGAUACCCCAGCUCUGUAGGGUUGAGGUAGACUGAACCUGUAGCCUGUGGUCUUUGUGAGUUUCUUCUGAUGUCUCCAGUCCUGAUGUUUGCAAGGAAAAUAGCUUCCAAAAAAAUCUGGCAGUAGGAGAGACCCAGGCUGUGUGUGAUGUGUAACUGAUGUUGGCGAAACUGUUCUGUGUCUAUUCACAUGUGUACAGUGAAGGUAACUGCAUCUUGCAAAGGUGACCAUGUCUGAUGUGGAAGUUUAAAGAGUCAAAGAUAAAUAAUUUUCUGUAAUUCCAGAAAACUUGUCUGAGGAAAGAGAAGAAGCAAAAUUCAAUGCCCCUUCUGAGUGAGCAAAAUGUGGUUGAGCUGUCUGACUCAUCAGUCCAUGCAAACACUGGCCAGCAAUCAGCUUUUUGCUGAACUGAGGGACACAGGGGAGUGCAACACUGCCCUUCUGUGCUUGCAAACAACACAGCUGUUCUGUGGCAGGAGCAGUCACCAAAAGCAAAAAGCAGCUGGGAAGGUGGAAGUAGCUGCUGCCUGACAGAAAUGGUGGAGUAGAUAAGUUCCAUCCAUGCAGCUGCUGUUUGGCGUGCCUUGUCUAAAUCUCUAGGAGGAAGAACAGUCCAUAUAUGGCAUCACUGGUGUGAAAUAUGGCAUCAGGACAGGGACUGAGCUUGUAUCCUGCUUCUGGGAUAUGACCAUGAUUCUCAAAGACAGGCACAAGCCCUCAGCACAGGAAGGACAUGGACCUGAUGGAGUGGGUCCAGAGGAGAGCCACAAAAAUGAUCGGGGGACUGGAACAUCUCUGUUACGAGAACAGGCUCAGGAGCUGGGGUUGUUCAGCCUGGAGAAGGCUCCGGGCAGACCUAAGAGCAGCCUUACCAGCACCAGAAGGGGGCUACAAGAAGGCUGCAGAGGGACUGUUUGCAAAGGCUUGCAGGGACAGGAUGAGAGACAAUGGUUUGAAAUGAGAGAAGAACAGAUUUAGUUUUGGAUGUUAGGAACAAGUUCUUCAUCACAAGGGGGUUGGAGAACUGCAACAGGUUGCCCAGGGAAGUAAUUUGCACCUCAACUAUGUAAAGCUUCUCCUUCCUGUUGAUUAUGGAGCCUUUGGAGCUCCUUGUAAAACAAACAAAAGCCAGAAAACUAAAAUCAUAGAGAAGGGGGGAGAGUUAUGUGCUUAAGAAAAUAAAAGCAAUUACAAUUUUGUUUCAGACCUUGCUGUAAUAUUAAGGACUCUUAUUCAUGAAUCUUCCAUUUUUUAUAUUUCUACUGAAAUUAAGGUGUCAAACUUGAGUGAAACUACUACAAGUGUCAAAGGUCCAAGCCUUUGUUACAGCUUAACUAUUGUAGAAUAAUUUGACUGCCUUCACCUUUUUGUUAGCUUCCUCAGUUUGGUGUCAUAGCACUCCCUGCUGAAUUUGUACCUCACAUCUGGAGUAUUGUGCCAAGUUCUGGGCCCCUCAGUUCAAGAAGGACCUCAGAGAACUGCUUGAGAGAGUCCAGCACAGAGAUGCUAAAGGCAGUGGAACAUCUCCCUGCUGAAGAAAGGCUGAGGGAUGUGGGGCUCUUUAGCUUGGAGCAGAGGAGCCUGAGGGGUGACCUCAUUUAAACUAAAUGCCAUGUAAACCCCUUCCUCUAUACAUCUGUGUGGAAACUGGUUUAAUAUCUGCCUCACCCUUUAAUUAAUAAAACAUGAGUAAGGAAACUUUUGGUCUAGAAGUGAGGAUGAUGAAGGAGGUGAAUGCUGUCUCACCAUUUGCUGCCUGCUUUGCUUUUUUCCUUUAGCUCAAUGGAUGAGCAAGUGGUGUAACAAAUGGGAGUGUAGCAGUUCUUGGUAAAGGUCCCCAGUUCCAAGCAGCUGUGGUAUGUUUUGAUCUGGUAAUGACCAUGAAAAAUGGACUACCUGUGACCUGCUGAUGGUUUUCUGCAAAACCAAAUUCUGGUAGAGGGUGAAGCUCUGGUUAAACAGAAAGAAAAAUACAAUGGAAUGAAGAACAAUUAUCCCAAAGCCCAUAAAA